AUGCCACUUUUUGGCUGGAUGAAAUGGUCAAAACCUGAUUCCUACAAGCCCACAAGAUGUCCUGGAUCAGAAGUUGUUACAAAAACCCUGCUGAGGGAGUUGAAAUGGCACCUGAAAGAGCGUGAAAGAUUCGUGCAAGAGAUCGAAAACGAACAAAAAGUCCAGAAGACUGGCAUGGAUUACAACUGGCUCAAGAACUACCAGAAUCCUCAAGCAACAAUUCCAGCUACUGAGCAACGGCAACUCGAAGUUCUGUGUUCACAAAUCCAGCCUUGCCAAACAGGAAUUGUUCUUAGCAGAUUUCGUGAAGUUUUGGCAGAAAAUGAUGUCUUACCCUGGGAAAUAGUCUACAUAUUCAAGCAAGUUUUAAAAGAUUUUCUCACCACCAUUGAGAGAGAAAACCAACCAGAGCAGUUGGUAGAUGCAUGGAAUACAAAUUGUCCUGAACAUUUCAGUCCGCGUGGCGACUCUAACAAGCCAGACAAGGAUGAAAUCCCCACUGUUUCAAGUUACGUUGACAAAAACACACACAGCAUGUUUCCCACCUUCUCUCAUAGAAUCUGGAAUCUACCCUAUUACUACCCAUCAAGUUAA